GUUUUAUUCUUAUGUCCGUCUUUAAGUUUGGAUACUUGUGUACCAAAAAUGGCCUCAUCCACCGUCUUCCCCAGUCUCAACCUCUUUUCGUCCAAAAGAUCCACCAAACUCAUAACUUCAACUCGGUUCUCCGGAUCCAGACAACAACUCAGCCGCAAAACAGUAAAAUGUUGCUCAAAACCGGCCACCGCAACGACGGAGGAAGCGACUGCUCGGCAAAUCACGGUGAAUAACGGGAACGAUUCGCUCGACAUAUGUAGGGUCCUUAAUGGCAUGUGGCAGACCAGUGGAGCUUGGGGCAGAAUCGACCGAGACGACGCCGUCGAAGCCAUGCUUCGCUACGCUGACGCCGGUCUCUCUACCUUCGACAUGGCCGAUCACUAUGGACCUGCAGAAGAUCUUUAUGGCAUAUUUAUCAAUAGAGUUCGCCGAGAGCGUCCACCAGAGUACUUGGAAAAAGUUAGAGGUCUCACUAAAUGGGUGCCUCCACCAGUAAAGAUGACAAGUAGCUAUGUCAGGGAAAACAUUGAUGUCUCACGAAAGAGGAUGGAUGUGCCUUCAUUGGACAUGCUGCAGUUUCACUGGUGGGAUUAUUCCAAUCCCGGCUACCUUGAUGCACUGAAACACCUCACUGAUCUGAAAGAAGAAGGUAAAAUUAGAACUGUUGCUUUGACAAAUUUUGAUACGGAAAGGCUGCAAAUAAUACUUGAGAAUGGAAUUCCUGUUGUUAGUAAUCAGGUGCAACAUUCAAUUGUGGACAAUCGCCCUCAGCAAAAAAUGGCAGAGCUUUGUCAGCUUACAGGAGUCAAACUGAUAACGUAUGGAACGGUUAUGGGUGGUCUAUUAUCCGAGAAGUUCCUUGACACAAACUUGGCAAUUCCCUUUGCCGGCCCUCCUUUAAAUACCCCCUCCCUCCAGAAGUACAAAAGGAUGGUUGAUGCUUGGGGAGGAUGGAGCUUAUUCCAAACGUUACUUCAGACUCUAAAAAAAGUAGCAUCUAAGCAUGGAGUUUCAAUCCCAACUGUUGCUGUUAAAUACAUACUAGAUCAGACAGCAGUAGCAGGGUCAAUGGUUGGUGUUAGACUUGGUUUAUCAGAACAUAUCCAAGACACAAAUGCCAUCUUUUCACUUGUUCUUGACGAGGAAGAUGUGAGCAGCAUCCUAGAAGUUUCAAAAAGAGGGAAAGAUCUGCUUAGAGUGAUAGGGGAUUGUGGAGACGAGUACCGGCGUGCAUGAGUUUCAUUUCAAUCAGAUCAUAGUGUCUGCUAGAAUAACAUAUGCAUGCUUAUAUCAUGUUCAUGGUGUUACUUU